GGAGCCUUUUCCAAAAGACAAAUCUAAGAGCAGGAAGGGCCAGCUCAGCAGAGAUGCACUGGCGUGGGCUCACCAGGCAGAGGGAAGAGACAACGCUUGGCACAGCCGACAGCACGGCUGCUCAUAAACACUCACAGCCCCUCCGUGUCGGAGGACCUUCCCCAGCACGGACAUCAGGCUGGGCCAUGCCACUGCCUUUGCCCAUGAAGUGCAGAUGGCGAGGACGAGACGCCCAGCCAAGGGACAAUGGACGAAGAGCGUGAGCGGGGGCGAGCCUUUCCCUUCGUGAGCAGCUGGGAUCGGGGAUGUCUGUUACCGUGGCGCAGCCUGGCACGUCCCGGCUGGUUCCCACUUACACACACAGUGGCGUUUGCCGUGGACCAGGACCUGGGCGCCUCUGAGGCUUGUUUCCCCACACAGCCAAGUCUGCAGGGCACCCAACAAAUAACCCCCAAGUCACUGUUCACGCUGCUCCUGCUCCCCCGGGCUCUGGGUGGCUCCUUCCCCCUCCAGAGCCUCCGGAGCCGCCCGUGCUCCUUGUUCCAGCCUGAAGCGCCCAGGAGGACCCAGCAGCAGGUGAGGGACGGCCUGUGUCAUCGUUGGAGCUUCCUAAGACUCCCAGAGGCUGACAUGCCUCCCAGACUCGCCUCGGCCCGGCUCCCUGGGCCCUGCUCCAGGGGCUUCAUUGCUCCCUGUCCCGGGUCAUCCCUCAGCUCACUGUCUCUCAGGUCACUGACCCUUGGGGUCUUCAGUGGGAAGCCCAGGCCUGCUGUCCUGAGGGUGUAUCUGGGGCUGCUUAUGCACCCCCCACUUUGCUGAUGGACCAGAGGCUCCCUGGACACGGAAGCCAGAUGUCACCAUGCUCGUCCCUAGAGCAGCCGUAUGGAGCGUGGAGCAGCAGAGCU